GUUUUUGUCGCCCUCUGUGUAGUCAAAAGUAAAGGAGGCAUUGGUGUAGUCAGCGUGGCUGUCUCAAGGGUCUCAGGCUCUUGUACCGUCGUGUUCUCUUAAGCCUCGUUCCCCGCUUAUUCCGGAAUUUAGUCCAUCGACUGUGUGGUUGCGCGUAUCCUCGAAGUGCGCACUCCCGGUAGGAGUGCAUCGCGGUUUCAAACCACUGCCGUGACCGCCGCUACUGCCCCGCCAUGAACAGCGAUUCCUCGAAAGCGACAGCGUUGGCGUCGCUGACCGAGACGUACACCGAUUCGGAAGGCGAACUCGACUCGGAGCCAGAGACCACCGAGCGCAAGGAGCCGAGCAUCGAGAGCACGCCGAACUCGCAGAGCGGAGUGCCGCUCGUCUCGUACCGCGCCGAGGACGAGGACGAGGCGGUCGGCGAAGACGACGAGGCGCAGGCCGAGUCUGGCCAGGUGCUGUACGUGCGACCCGAGUCUCCGGUCUCCUUCCACCGAUGCCUGCAGAGCUUGGGACCGAACGGCGUGUUCUUGCCGCCGGAGCCCCCGGGCCGCUGCGCGCCGGCCCUUCAGGAGAAGAUCGCGCGCCUGUACGAGCGCAAGGUUCGCGAUGGGCGGGACAUGAACGCGUCCAUCCAGAUGCGCAAGGACUUCCGCAACCCGAGCAUCUACGAGAAACUGAUCGCGUACUGCGGCAUCGACGAGCUCGGCACCAACUACCCGCCAGAGACGUAUGACCCGCACAGCUGGGGCCCGGACUCGUACUACGAGGAGCUCUCACGUCGCCAGAAGGAGGAGAUGGACAAGCGCGAGCGCGAGAAGAAAACCAAGGUGGAGUUCCUCACAGGCACGGCCAAGAAGGCCGAACCGCGCAAGAGCAAGUGGGACGUGGGCGGGACGCAGCCCGUGCUGGGCGUCGUCGCGAGGCCGGCCGCGCCUUCCACCAUCCUGCCGCCGCCGUUGGCGUCCAGCAGGCCCACCGUCAUCUCGGCGUUCGGCACGCUGCCCAAGAAGCCCGCCGCCAAGCCCUGAGCGCGAGGCCCCUGUGGUCUUUCGAGUUGUUCGUGCAGGCCGCAGUGGCCCGCCUCACUUGUGACGCCUGAGAACCAGUUCUCUUCAGAUACCAAAUUGGCCCGCAUUGUGGCUCCAAAGUGUGUCAGAAAAACACUAUUAACUCUUGCAAACUACAAUUUUGACAUGUACUAAACAAACGAGACCUCUUGUUAGUUAUUUAAUUGGUGAAAUGAAAAAAAAAAAAAAAACAGGAAAAAUUGUAGGAGGGGGGGGGGGGGGGGGGGCAGAGGGCCCGGGCCACAUCAGCGACCUCAUUCCACCGGUAUGCACAAAUGUUUCUUUUUUUUUUUUUUUUUUAGUAUACAAUGUGAGGGAAAAUAUGAUGGAGUUGUAGUGAACACAUUCUUUCAAAUUGGGAAAGACCACUGUAUACUUCUUUGUACAAUUGCCACAUUUCUUAUUUAUUUUUCCUGCCAUGUGGAGCAGUGACGGGGAUGUUUAACUUGUGUGCUAGACCAAAACACACUUUUCAUGAGUGGUGUCCCACAGCUGGCUAGGAACUCUCAUGCUCAAACACAGCAUCUACCACUGGACAUUGCAGGUGUAGUCUCUGGGGAGAUUGUGAUUCAGUUAGAAACUGGCAUACCUGCUGCCUCCAUUUGUUAAUUUGUUUCAUGGUUAUCAUUAAUAAAACCUUAUUUUUUGACAA